ACGCAGUAUUGAAAGAAUAAUGACUCUUAAUUGCUUGUUCUUUGCAACAUUUAAAAAGACAGAAUGUACUGUCUCAAGACAGAUGAGGUAUGAAAAUGUAUCGUAGAUGCUGCCCUUUGUAACCUUUCGAAAUGCACGAAACAUGCAAUCAAAGCUGUAAGUCACCAAACGUACACACACACACACACACACGCACUUACACACCAGGCUUAAUGUCUGUCUGUUAGGAUCGUUAGCCGAGUUAAUGUCUGUGCACUUGGCCCAAUGGGAGUUACAGUACUGUGGCAUUCUCCAUGCUCCCUAAACAGAUCCAGAGAUGCAGAUAUAGACCUGCCUCCGGGGAAGACAUAGGCACACACACUCGCACUAACAGACAUGCAGAUGCGCACCUCACUGCGUGGCUCUUACAAGCCGUGACAGACGGGGAUAUUAGGCGCAAGUGUGGUGAUGGUUUGAGGGUGCCGACGCUGUCACAUCUGAUUAGCUUGACAAUAUUUCGCCCUUUUUUUUCUCUUGUCCUUUACCCCUCCUCCUCUCCUUUCUACCCUCCACCCAUUUGUCAUUCCAACCCAACUAAUAUGUCUCCAAAACCACCGCUCCACUUCUUGUUUUUCUUUCUAUGCAGCUCAAAUAUUUGGGUGUAAAUUGCCUGUUGAAAUUCAGGAGGAAGGAAAUUUCAAGGACUCUCCAAAUUGUGUUUUCAAUCAGCUACCCUUGAGGUUUACCUACCGGUCCUUACACAGUCUGAACAAUAGUCUUACAAUAACAUAGAUUUCUUUGGGCUUCAAGGCCACCCUUGGAUCAACAUAUAAAUGGGUUAGCAGUAAAACAUGUUUAGUGUCUCUCCGCUCCUCUCCCCGUCUAUCUAGUCUCAUGUCGCUUUGCUUGACAGGGCAGGAAAUCAGUCUCAUUUCUGCUUUAAUUUGUUCUGAUCAAACAUGUCGCUCCCAAUCAGCCCUAUUUGAUUAGGAGAUGCCCGUAUCACAGCCCACCAAGCAGAGACAUGGGGUGUAGGCUUCCUAAGUUGCGGAAGGCAGAAGAGAGGCGAAGCCCGGGCAAUAUAUACUCCACCCUUCGACGGCCACAGGUGGAGACUAAAGUGGGCGUGGCAUACACCUACCACUUCCUGGAUUUCCUGUUGGGGAAAGAAGAGGUGCCGGUGUCAUCGGUGCUUUGUCUCUCCUCGGUCAGAGAGCUACCGGUUCAGGUCCGGGAACUCUACGCGCAGGGUUUCGUCCUGGUCGCCGUCCACCCGUUUGUCCAUCCCUGCGGCCCAAGUCACGCCCACAUCCAGCGCCAGCUGCACCGGGCCGUGCUGGUCCGAGAGACGCCAAGUUCAGAGAAGAGCCAACUGAGGUGGGCAAGACAUCGUCUGGAGACAGAUGUAUGCGUGGCAGGUCAUCAGGCUGCUGACCCAGAGGUGAUCCAGAGCUAUGUCAAGAGGAUCCAGGAUGUAGCAGAGCAAGGAGUGAUGUUUGUGGGCUUUCUCCAGCAGCCGGGUGGAGGACCCAGCUACUUGGGGCACUGGGAUCCUGAAGAGCUGUCCUCCUUACAUUCAAGCCCUUCACCCAUACAUCGACACCCCUUCAGCGCCAACAACAGCCCAACGGACCCCAUAGAACCACAUCAUAAUGACGCAGAACCUGACCAUCACCCCUUUGAACCUCAAGAGUUCGAUCAUGAAGGUGUAGAAAAUAACACACAGCACCACAAGCCAAAAGAACCGGACUUCAGCCCGCUGAAACCCAUACAGGAGUUAGAGCUUCACCGAGAAGAGUCCAGUGAGCAAAUCCAGACCUCACAGAUCAGCCUCAAAGAGUCACUAGAAUCAACAAACCAACCCCAAAAUCACAGCAAACCCAGUGUAGACACAGUUCAGCGGGGUUUAAAUCAAAACCCAACAGACGCCCAUAGGAACCAGGGGUGUCCCAGCUCUCCAGAAGCUGCUGGUAUAAUCAGACAGAUUCUACCAGACCUCAAAGAAUCCACAGAGAAACGUUUGAACCUUUCCAACCAGAGAGACGGACAAAGUUCAAGCUCCGACAGCUGGCCCAGCUCUCCAGAACUGGACGGAAACCACAAAAGAAAGUCCAGCUUCACAGAUGGGCAGAGCCGAUUGACGACGCACAACAACAACCAUAUCCGGCUCAAGAGUUCAGAGAAAGAGAAGAAUGCAACUUCACCACCAGCGCAGGGUGGGAUGCAGCUCUUUGCCUUGUACAACCACACAGGGGAGCUGAACACUUCUCUGAGGUUCUACUCACUCAGGGUGCCACUGUUGGUACAAAAGGAAGCCGGGCUAAUCACGGAAGUUGACACGCACUGGCUCGACCACAUGACUCAGCAUUUCACCAGCGGUGCGCACCUCGUCGACGGGUUUUUCCACCUCGGAGAUGAUAACGACAAUGGGGUUUCAUCUGUGGAUAGUGUGUUCAUCUUCCAGAGCUCUGCGGAGGAGACCGCAAACGCCUCCUACGAUGCCAUCGUGGUUGAGCAGUGGACCGUUGUUGAUGGUGUCGUGGUGAAGACGGACUACAUCCCCUUGCUCCAGUCUCUGGCUCCGUAUGGAUGGAGGCUGAUGUGUGUGUUACCCACACCCAUUGUCAAGACAAACAGUGACGGGAGUUUGUCGACCAAGCAAAUCCUCUUCCUUCAGAGACCCGUUUUGCAGCGCAAGAGAAAAGACUUCAAGAUGCUGAACCUCAGGGGUCGCAGCAAGGCGAAGAAAAAAUCUACUGGAGAAACGCAAGAAGAGAGAGAGAACAUGUCCCCACUGAUGGAGACAGAGAUGGACAGGUUGAGAAGAAACACAAGAGAGGAGGAGGAGGAGGAGGCAGAGAGGAGGAAGAGCAGGGACAGCGGAAGGAGCGAAGGAGCGAGCCUUCAGAAAGGUGGAGAGGAGCUGGAAGAGGACGCAUGGCAUCAAAGGGGCUUCUCGUACCUUUCAGGGAGCAGGGCUUCUGUUGAGGAAGAGGAAACAGACAUUGAUAACAUCCCUCCGCAGUCGGAGAGAUGGACAUACGUGUGUCAGAGGGAUGAUGGAGGGGUCAAGGAGGAGCUGAAGACGGAGGAGCGCAUCAAACAGCAGCUGUUUUCCGGCGUCUGUUGACACAUUGGGCACAAAGCAGGCGAGGAGGAGCCGAGGCCUGAAAAGUUUACAAAAAAAUAACUUUGUUGAUCUGGAUUUUUGUUUUUGGUCCAACCCAGAUGUGGUCGGUCAUACCGUUACUAGUCAUCGUGUGCUGUUACCUUCGCUUCAGUCUGCUCUGUUGCGAGUCUUUGAGGUUGUAGCUCCCGUGUUUGGGGAAGUGUUGUGCAGUUCUCUGCUUUGGGUCAGUGUUGCUAUUUGAUGUAUCCUUAUAUAAAAAGAAACUAAUAGAGUACAACCUAGAGCAAGUCUCCAGUCCAAGCAUUUGGUGUUAUUUUCUUGUAUUUUACUUCUUUCUUGUAAUAGGACUGUUAAAAAGAGAGUACUGAUUUCAAGGGGCUCACUGUAUUUUUAUACGUAAAGUAUAUUAUUUCAAAUAGAGACAAGAGGGGGAAAAGUUGCCACAGGGUUUGGUAGUAAAUUGCAUUAGAGCCUGACUGAUACACGCAUUGGCCAAUUAUAGCUUAACACAGAGAUGUGUAUUGGUAUCAGCUUAAAUAAUUAACUAUGAAAUUGCAUUACAGAAAUUGGUCUUGAGUACUGUACUGUAUUUUUUCAAAUAUUUAAUUGAAUGCACUCUCGAUCACAACUUAGACAAACAUUUUUAAUAAGGAUCCCUUAAAUGUGGUAAGAAAAAUGUAUUGCAGUUAAAAAUUCUCUGUUGGUAUCGGGCAGCCUCUACACCGCAUUGAGAUAUUAGAUGUUACAAUUUAUUGGUCUUAAACAUUGAAGGCUCAGUUCAUUACAUCAUUAGCUCUAGUUGAAUCUAGACAGUUUUGGUUUUCUUUGGCCAGGUUUGUGGUGCUCGUUAACUACAUGAAACCAAAACCUCUCUUUCCAGAAGUGAUGUCCCAGAUACUCCUCAGAACACAGUUCCUAUAAAAGCUGAUCACAGUAAGGUCUGUUGAUGUCCAUGAGAGUAAUGAAGCAGAAUUAUCAGACCGAUAUCUCAAACGUUGGAUACAAGAGAAAAAGAUUUUUGUAAUUUGGGAGAACUGACCUUUAAAAAGGUUUCUUCUUUGGGAAAGAAUGUGUAAAUUAGAAUCAACUAUUUAUUACUUAUUCCCUGGACCACCUGUGACGUGUCUCAGUAGUGUAACAUGCGAGUCUUUAUAUGAAAGCAGAGGCCAAUAAAGUGUUUG